AAGAUACACCCAAUGCUGCGGGUUUCGAAAAGUUAUAGAAAAUUUUAAUUGACCACCGGAUAGAAAUUUGUAAAACUGCUCUAGGAGUUUCUAGAGAUCCUUCGUUUGACAGCCAAUCAGCCGGCAUGUCCGAUGGAAGAGCAGGAAAUAAAAAUGGAAGAGAAACGCAGCAGUAGAGAUACCGUAGAUGAGGAUGAUCUGGAAGAUACCGAAAACAUAAUAAUUAAUGAAGUGGAUGGCUUACCAAACUUGCAUCCAAAUUAUGCACAGUUAGAGUUCAAAUUUGAGGGGGAAACAGAAGAUGCAAAUAUUAGAUCGAUCGACGAGUUGGUUCACGACGAAGAUCUACCAACUUCUGUAAUCGUUACGAAUGUAGAUCCCAGAGUUUUCAAGUGUGACGAUUUAAAGUUGGCCAUAGAAAAUCUUUUCAAACAGUUUGGAGGUGACGCUACGUUUCAGUACUUUAGAUCCUUCAGAAGAAUGAGGGUAAAUUAUAAUUCCCCUAGUGCUGCAGCAAACGCAAGGAUACAGCUGCAUCAAUCACAUUUUGGGGAAACUGAUAUUAAUUGUUACUUUGCACAACCAGUGACGCCUAUAGACUUAGAGGAUCAACAUCUUCACCCACCUGCACUUACCAAACAGUUCCUCAUAUCUCCUCCCGCUUCUCCGCCGGUCGGUUGGGAGCCACGUGAGGAAGGAGAGCCACUCGUUAAUUACGAUCUAUUAGCCGCUAUGCUAUUAGCCGCUAUAGCCAAUUUAUCUGCAGGCGGCACGCACGAGAUACAUCCAGGAGGAUCGGGUCAGCCAGGCAUAGUUGUGCACGUUUGCGAGAGCGCAAAUCCAGCAAAAAAUACACCUCGCAUUCAACACACGCGAUGCCCGGAACACUAAUAUUUUAUUCCGCGUCUUAAAAUUUGUCAUACCAUAUAUUUUUAUGCCCUGAUAAAAAGCCAGAUACAAGUUAGAGCGAAAGGAACUAGCGAGCGACUUUAAAUUAGUAUUAUAUCGGAGUUGCAAUUCAAAAUUGAUUGCGCGGCUGAUACCUAAUUAACGAAAGUAAUAUGUUGUGAAAAAAUUACAGCUUGGUGCGAUAUAGACGACGCAAUGUCUGAUAUCUACCAAGUUUCCCGCGAAUAGCAAUGAUCUAUGAAAUACUAACAAUCUAUAAAUAUCCGUUGUUACAUACCGAUCAAGAUUAGUUAGAAUUCGUUUGCGUUUAUCUAUCAAGAAUUCGUGAAAGGUAUGCUUGCGCUUCAUCUCUUAAAAUCUACAUAGUGGGAUUUUGAGAAAUUUCAAACUUGGCCUAUAUUAUUUCUACGUUUCUCACUCAGUGUUAAUAAUUGCAUAUCGUGAGAAGUUACGUCCGAUCUGAUUAAGCUAACGAUUAUGCGACAAGAAAAAAAAUCGUUAAAAAUAUAUUCAGAGAUUUUGCAAUUCUACCUCUCAUAUUGUGUGUUACUUGUAUUCUUAAACAGCACAUAAUGCAUAACAAUCUUGUUGUAAAGUCACAAAUGAUACUAAUGUUAGAAUAAUCAAUCAAAUCAAAAAAUUUGAGUUCAUUUUUUUCAUUAUCUGUUCUCAUAUAUUUCUUUUUCCGUUUCAAGAAAUUCUUUCAAGAUUUAUCUGUUAAAUUUUUCAUUUUAUGCUGCAUGCAUGUGAAAGUCUACGGAAAUAUAUGGCAUUAAUAUGUAUGUGAUAUGUAUGUGUAUACGAAUGUAUUAUUCUAAAAAUAUUGUGGUUCUUCGUUCUGUGUUUUCCGUAGAAAGCUAGUUCACAUUAGCUUGAACGUUACAUGCUAUUCUUAAAAGCUAUAUCUCUAUGGUCUCUUGUUAAUGAAGUUUACGAAAACUUAUUGUUAUCACUCAGCUCUUUAAAAGGAUUAAGUUAGUAAAAAAUAAGCUAGAGAGAUGUAUGUGAUCAUAUCAGCGUUACUGAUUUAUGCCGAGACAGUGUGGUGAUUGUGUAUAUGUAUAUAUUGUUCUGUACGUGAAAAAUACGUAUUAUGCAAGAUCUGUGACCUAAAAAUAAUUGUUGAAUAUUUAUAAAUACUUUAUAGCAACACUUACUUUUGUAUAGUGUGAUUACCGUUUACAUUCUUCUGGCGAUGAAAUGGCGUAAAACCGUUUCGCGUCAUUUAAUUCUUUUCUUUAUCGAACAAUUCCGAAAAUCCUAAACAAAUAAUAUAUAAUAUACGAAUAAUUAUUACACCAGAGAAAAUAAUGUACAAAUGAUUUGUAUCAAAGAGAAGAAAAUAUAAAUAUAAAUUUUAUUUUACGUUAAAA